AUGGCACAUUUGACGCACUUCACGCUGCAAGUCCACGCCGAGCAUGCCUACUCCCCCUCCUCAGUCGGGUCGGCUCCCUCGUUUAUGCCCGCCUCGCCUUCCCUCCUCACUCUCUCGCAAUUCCUCGCCGCGCCGCUCGAUCGCGCCGUUUUUCUCACCGCGGCGCGACAGCCGCCCGACGCGGCUUCGCCUUCGUCGUCGGAGUUCCUCAUUCGCGACCACGCGGCGCCACGUACUGCCACGUCAGCAGAGCCGUCUGCGACAACACCGUUCGGCCCAGGCGACUCGUUUCGAGUCGCAGGCGAGGUGGUGGGAUGCGUGCGAGGGAACUACGGCGGCACGCAUUUCAUUCUAGCGUCAUGCACGCCGCGAAGCACGGCGACGAGAGAUGGUAACACAUGUACCGAACCGCGGGGAACAGCUGCCAGCGACAGCGAAAUGCAACGAAGCAGCAGCUACGACGAUGUUACCCGACACAGGUCGCAGCGGGUUGCGGGCAACGAGCGAGGGCGCUCGCGGUUGGCGGGGAGAGGCGGAGAGAGUGAGGGGAGCGCAUCGGGGGAAGAAAACUCGCCGCCGCGCGGCGGAAGCAAGAAAGCGGACGCUCCCGGCAAGGGCGGAAAGGCGGGCAUAGAUUCCAAAUCUGGAACCCCAGGGGUUUCCCUCGCCGGUGGCGCCGCAUCUCGCGCCGCAGGCGGCGCCGUGAUCGACGGCGAUGCGCGUGCCUCUGAGAACGCUGACGCGGCUCCCCGCCACGUGGCUUCACCGCGAGCGGCCUUCGCGCCGCUGCUGAUCGGAUGGCUGCCCGCAAAGGGCGGAAAGGGCGGCGGAUCCGGGGGGGAUGACGGCGCGAGAGGAUGGGGAGGAACGGGAGGAGGGGGGACGCGGGGGAUCGGGGGGUUAGGAGCAGCAGGGGGAUGGCUGACGUGGAAUGCGCGGCGCGGCUCAGGAAAUGCGCGAGCGAAGGGCGACGACGAGCGGACGGGCGACGAGCAGAGCGAGUCGCAGGAAGAAGCGACGCAGGGGGGAGCGUCGCAUCAAGAAGAGUCGCAACGAGAAGAUUCGCAGAGAGCAGAGUCGCAGAGAGAAGAGUCGCAGGACGAAGGGGCGGCGCGUUUGACGGAGAAAGGCAAGCCGCAAGGCGUGUUCGGCGUAUCCUGGGCUCAGGUACGCCCGCGUCCCCUCUAUACGCAGACUCGCUUCAGUGUAUUUCACGUCGCCGUGUGGAAGCAAGCGCGCGUAACGCCGUACCCGCCCGUCGCCCCCCGCCCGCAGGUGGCGAAUCUGGCGGCGCGGGGAAGCGCGGGGGCGCACGCGGGGGGCGACAAUAACGAGGAGGAAUCUGGUGAUUAUAAAGGGAGUGAAAGUAGGGAUGCUGUUGCGGGUGCGAAUAUGAGCAACGCGCUGUGGCGUGUCUUCAAAGGCGCGCAGGGGAUCAGCGAGGAGUGUGCUAAUAGCGAGGUGGCUGUUGAGUCGACUGAGAAGCGUUCUAGUAACGAGGCGGAGCCAGAGAAGGCCACGUUGCACGGUGGCGGCGCGCUGCAGGGGAGCGGCGCGCAGCUGUGGGGCAGCGCCAGGUGGACGGCGCGCGGGCGCGGAGGCGGAGCGGACAGCUUGCUCGCGCCUGCGUUUCUCCGCGCAAUGAAGGGAGUGGGCGCGCGGGGGAGCGGCGCAUCUGGCGGGGGCGGGGUUGGCGGCGGUGUGAUAGGCAGUUGGGGGAGGGCGGGCGGGGACAGGCGGAGCGGGUGGGCGUGGGUAGACGCGUGGGGGGUCGGGGAGAGGGGUGCGGGCGCGGACGAGGGGCCGCGGAGCAGGGGCACGGGGAAGGCGGACAGGGAAGGGGGAGACGGCGGAGCCAGGAGAGAGGCGGAGGAGAAGGGGGAGUCUGGGGGCCUGGGAUGGCGGAAAGGGGCAGGGGCGGGGGAGGGGGGUAUUGAGGAGGGGGGAGAAGGGAGGGUAGGCAGGAGCGAAGAUGUGGAGGAACAAGGGGGCCAGCGAGUGGGAAUUGUGGGAGAGGGAGGAAGUGAGGGGGAGGGGGAAAACGCGAAGGAAGCAGGGCAGGGUGGGGAAAGGAAGGAGGAAGGGGCGGGAGGGAUGGGGAAGGAAAUAAAGGAGCAGAGUGGAGGGGCAGGGGCGAUGAGUGCGGAGGAGGGAGACGACAGGUGCUUGCACACGGAGCGGUUGCAUGGUGCUGACUCUGCUGACGCCUUGACUCUACAGAGGACACAGCAUGCUCCAGUGGUGCUGGAUCUGGUGGCAGUGAUGGUGGCCCGUUGCUAA